UAUUUUGUCUGUUGAGUACUUGAGUGUUGAGUGUUGACUCUGUUCACUUUAUUGUUAAUUAAAAUAUGAAUUGCAAGUUACAACAAUGACAUUUUAACUAUUUACGUAAUUAAGUAAUUUCAUUGUUAGUUUUAAAUCGAGUAUGUCGUUUAUUUAGUUGUAUCUUUGUCAAACAUGAAGUUCUUCAAUAGCAGAUAUAUAUUUGGGUUGUUUAACAGAACCUUGUGGCCGAUUAAAAAUGUUCGAUCAUCGCUUUCAAGUCAUCAGUUCUUAGUAUGCCAUUCAUAUUCUUCUUUGGCUACGACAACCAAUGGAAUAUCUAGUGAGCUGUUAAGCAAUUCAGGAGUACGGUCAUUUUUGAACAAACUUAUAUCCGAAGAUUACUCGGAGAGCAUGUCCAAACCUAACGUGUCUGCCUUAAUAUCUGCUAUACGUUCUUUAAAAGUUGAUUUACAAUCACUUAAUGAAUUUGAAAUAGAAAAAGAAAAAGACAAAGAAUUUGGUGAACAAUUACAAAAAGAAAAAAAGUCUCAUGAAGAGCAAUUGACAAAACUAGAACUAGAACUUCUAAAUUCAUUAGUGCCCAAUGAGGAUUUUGAUUGUGAAGACGUCAUGUUGGAAAUAACGGCUGGAGUUGGAGGUCAAGAAGCAAUGAUAUUCACACAAGAACUUUUUGAAAUGUAUAAUUCUUUUGCACACUAUAGAGGAUGGAAAAGCGAAGUAGCUGAUUAUUGUCAUACUGAGAUGGGAGGUAUACGUCAUGCAUGUCUGAUGCUGUCGGGCAAUGAUUGUUACAGUUUGCUGCAGCAUGAAGGUGGGGUACAUCGAGUUCAACGCGUCCCAAAAACAGAAAAGUCUGGACGAAUUCAUACUAGUACUGUAACAGUAGCCAUAUUACCUCAGCCAACCGAAUUAGAUGUGGUGAUUAAUGACAGAGAUUUAGUAAUAGAAACUAAGCGAGCAUCUGGUGCAGGGGGCCAACAUGUCAACAAAACUGACAGUGCUAUAAGAAUGCACCAUAAACCAACCGGUGUUAUAGUCGAGUGUCAAACAGACAGAUCACAAAUUAAAAACAGAAAAAUAGCAUUACAAAAAUUAAGAGCGAUCAUUUAUAAACAACAACUCGAGCAACAACAAUCGUUGACUAGAUCUGCUAGAAAACAACAAGUAAUUCUUCAAAAACAAUUCUUCAAACAUAAUAGUUUAAUCAACCAGUUGGUUCUAGUGCAAGAUCAGAAAAAAUUAGAACAUAUAAUUUUAAUCAAGAUCGAAUCACCGAUCAUCGUCUGACUAAAAGUUUCCAUAACUUAGUUGGGUUUUUAGAAGGCAGAGAGUAUUUGGAUAAGGUAGUCAUUGAGUUACAAGAAAGAGCAAAAAAAAUACUCUUUAAUGAAUUUAUUGAAAGUAUUUCUGGACAAAAUUAAACUAAAAAUGUAAUUGUUCUUAAACUUGCGUAGAUUUUCAAAAUAUUUGGUUAAGUUUGAAGUAUAAUUGUAAACAAUAUUUUUGGUGUAAUAUAAAUAUUAAAACAAUUA